AAACGGUGGGGAGGCAGCAGCCGGUGUGUGGCACCUACUCAACAAUCGAUACCAGCAGCAGUUCCCUGAUCUCGCCAGAGCCUACAUGCUCCUAAUUGUUCUCUCUCGUAUACACUAGACCUGAGGAAACAAGCAAAAUGUGUGGAGGAUUCACUUGCUCUAAAAACUCGCUGUUGGCCCUCAACAUCUUGUAUGUUGUGGUGUCUUUCAUUUUAAUUGGUGUUGCUGCAGCAGCCAAGGCGGCAUCAUUUGUCACUUCAGUCUCGCUUGUUUCUGUCAUCAUUGCCUGUGGAGUCUUCUUAUUGCUCAUAUCUAUUGUGGGUCUUAUUGGAGCUAGCAAACAUCACCAGGUUAUGCUCUUCUUCUACAUGAUUGUUCUUUUUAUCAUCUUCAUCAUUCAGUUUUCUGUGGCAUGUGCUUGCUUAGCCAUCAAUGAAAAUCAAGAGAAGUUAGUUGCUUCUAAGGGUUGGAAUCUGUCUGCUGACACAACAAGAAUGGAUGCACAGAUAUUUUUUGGCUGUUGUGGAUAUAAUGAUACUAGAAAUGGAACUGUUAUAUAUUUGGAUCAUCCCAGCUGUGCAUAUGUGAAGAAGACUCCAGAGAUAUUUUGUUGUCCAGGAAAUGAAAGUAAAGAUUGCUGCACGAAAAAUUCCACUGUGUGUAAUUGUGAUACAUGUGACAAGCCAAUUCAGGAGGCCAUGUUGAGAGGUUUCAAUCUGGUUGGUGGCAUUGGCCUGUUUUUCUCAUUUACUGAAUUCCUUGGUGUGUGGCUCACGGUGCGGUACAGGAACCAGCGGGAUCCACGUGCUAACCCAUCAGCCUUCCUGUAGAGUGGUCGGGUGCCUUAAGCCCUUACCCUCUCUCACUAACAUAUCAGAUUCUUGGUUUCUUCAUAGCUAAACGGUACAGAUACCAAAUAGAUCCCAGAGCAAACAUCCAGAGUCUGCUUCGGUAAUGAAAAUUAUUGACAGUGAAAAAUCCAUCACUACUACACUGACUUGACUAAGGUAUCCAUUUUCUAAUCAUUGAUCAACUUUAAUGUUAUUGCAUAUUCCUCUUAAUUUCUAAGAUUGCCUUUAUGUAAGAUGUCGUAAAAGUAAAUAAUGAUUUCCUUAGUAUGUUUUCAAGAUCAUCCCUUAAUAGUGGCAUAAGUUUUUAAAUUAAUUGUAGUAGAACACGUCCAUGAUUGAAUUAAAAAAAUAUAUUUAUUAUUACCUUAAGUAAAUAGAAAGUGUUCUAUUAAUUUAUUGAUGCAAGUCAUCAUUAUUUUUAUGAACAAAUAAUAUAGCUUGUUAAGGAUUUCAGAGUUAAUUAAAUUUUUUAUACACGGUAAUAGCCAAAAAUAUUUUGAAUAUGAUGUAUAGGAUUUAUUAAAGUGUAUAAUUUCUGGUGCAGGGUAAAUUUGUUUGGUAAUGAACAAUUAGUUCAGUUUUUCAUUAUGUACAUUACUUUUGUGGGUAAGUGAUAAAACCAUUGAGGCCCUGCCUAGGUUAAUGGGAGGUAAUCAGGUUUAAUUCAAGGAAAAUGAGCAUUUCCACUUUCUUUGAUCAAGAUCUUUUCACUGGCAUGAAGGCACCCCUCUUAAAGGGAUCAGUGCUGUAUUUUCUGGCAUAUAAGAUUAAUUUUUUUCCUAAAAAAGUCUUGGAAAAUCACCCUGUGCCUUUUAUGCUCAAGGUCAGGGUCAAGGGCAGGCUUUGGGUUAUGCUUUAGCAUAAAGUAAGAGCAUAAUUAGCACUUGAAUAUGAUUACUGAUUUGUUAUGAUACUUCUGUUGGGAGCCCCUUCAUUAUUAAAGUUAAAAAGAAACUUUUGUUUUUCUUUUUGGGCCACCCUACUUCAGUGGGAUAUGGCUGGUGCCUUGAAAGAAAGAAGACUUCUGUCAGGUGCAGUAUAUGCCGGAAAAUAUGGCAUGCACUCUUUCAAUUACGAGUUCAUGUUCCAAUAAUCAGUGAAACAUUUCUAGAUACAUUUUUAGCUCAGGUAACUGAUUAAUUAAUUGGUUAUCUAAUUUUUUUUUUUUCUUGCCUUGUAGGUCCCUCACUUAUGACACUAAUGCAUUUGUAAUCUGUUCCUGUGGACAUGCUUAUGAGAUGUGCUCCCAAGUUAUAAUACUUUUUAUUUGAUUUCAUAAAUUUUAAUGUAAUUGAAGACCUUGUAUGGUACUCGGAAGUAUCUCUCUUCUCUUCCUUGACAGCAUACUUUACACAUGCUGUGCACCAUCUCACUGAUAAGGGAAAGUAUUAGGUACCUUCUGGGCAUGGGGUGUUGGGAAUGAAUGGUGAAAAUAUCACAUGGGUAGGGUUGGGGUCAAGUACCGGUAAUUAAGCCAAGGAAGAUAAAUGAGGAGUCGCCUGCUCUUUUGCAUGUUCUUUAUCCUCCUUUUCCCCCAGUGACUAGCCUAGAUUCUGGGGCCUCCCUCUACCCAGGCUUUUGCAAUCCACUUAUCUCCCAGGGUAACCACCCAGUUUUUACCUUUUGCCCAACAGCCAGAUGCUUGGACCUUUCCCUCUCCAGGCUCUUGGGCAACCCACCCACCUCCUAGACUAACUACCCCCCAUGAUUCUCACCCCUCAGUCAGGAGCUAGGGUUGCUUCCCAAUGCUCUCUGGUAAUCCAUCUGCCUUCCAGGAUAACCAGCCAUUCAUUCCCAGGAUGCCAGGGCUAUCCUCCACAGGCUCUCAGGCAACCCACCUCUAACCACCCCUCUGGUCCUCUUCCCUCAACCAGGAACCAGAACUCUUUAUCCCAAGGUAGCAUACCUGCCUCAGUGGCAUACUAACCAUCUCCUUGGUCCUUUACCUUUGGCUAUAUGUCCAGCGGUUUCCCUCCUAGACUUGCAGGCAGCUAGCCUACAUCUGCCUUACCAACCACACCUUUGUCCUUUGGCCUUCAGCCAGACAUAAACAUAAAUGAAUCCUGCUGUUAACUAAUCCCUACAAAACAAAUGAGAGCUCUGUGCCUGCAGGCAUUGAACAUACACAGUGUUUAAAUGCAUUUGAUAAAAAAAUAUUUAAAAAUUCUUCUUGAAUAUUUACAGUGCUUAUGGGUGCAUAGUUCCAAAGUGUCAGUGUCAUAAGUGCAAAACAUUGUAAAUUGGAGAUGUACUAUUUCAACUUUGAAGGUGCCAUGGAAAAACUUGUGUAUAUUAAAAAAAAAAAAAAAAUGGCUGAUAAGCUAAAACCUAUUUAUCACAAGUUGUGUAGAAUAUUAAGUCUUUUGUAUAACUAUAUACCUCUUAAAUACCAGAUAUUUAGAAGUGUUCCUUCUUUUCUUUCACUGAGAAAUGCUACCUAUUGUCAUUGUGUUUAUGCAUUAUUAUUUGCUUUAACCUUUAAAUGGUCCAAACGUAUAUACACGUUUUUUCAACAUCUGAAAGUAUGUAAAAAAACGUAGAUCCUUUUUUGUUUUACAUUUGUAAACGUGUAAAAAAAAAAGUAGAUCUACUUUUGUACCACUACGAAUUUGAACGUCAGUCUGUUUGGACCGUUUAAGGGUUAAUUAAGGGUACAUGUUGAUCUCUAAACUGCAAUUAUGGUAUUUCCCUGAAUGAAAUACUUUUUUUUUUUCCUGUAUAUUCUAGCUGUAAUGAAUAUUAUUUUUCUGAAUUAAUCUCAUUGAAAUAUUUACAUGUAAAUUCAAGUUGUCAAUGGCCUAUUACAUGGAAUAAGUACUAAAAAUCUAUUGGUUGCUGAAGGUACUUUUAUAAAUACUGUAUUCUUUCAUAACCUUAUUAUAGUUUUGAAAAGGUGCAAUUUUUUUCCUCAAUACAAAACUUAAGAAAUAUUUCACCCAGAGUAAUCAAACCUUUGAUUUAGUUAUUUUUCAUUGCAGUUAAUCACUUAGUGGCCAUGUAUCCAUGGACAUGCCCAAAUUAUUAAUUUAUAUUGUUUUAGUAAUUUUGUAUUCAAAAUUUAGUUACCAUUGAUUAGAUAAAGUAUCAGCCCAUGUAAACUUUUGAGUCAUGAUUGUGUAACUUUUGUGAUCAUAAGAGGUUUAUAUGAAUUUAUAUAAUUUGCCAUGUAUAGUGAAAAUUUGGCAGUGCAAAAUUUGUUUUGCUGUAAUUAAUUUAAUGGGAAAGGACUUUAGUUUAUAGGCAGAAUUUAUGGAAAUAUGAUUAUUACAUUGCAGAUCAAAUUAGUUUAUCAUAUGCUACUGAAAUAUUGGUGCCAAGAAAAAAUAAAAUUGUAAACUAGUAUUUCAUCCAGAAUUUUAAUGGAUCAAAUUGUGUGCCUAAUUUAAAAUGUGUUCAUGCUAAUGUAGCUGAUUUGAUAUAGUCUAGUAGAUAAUGUUUCCACAAAACCAUUAAUAUAUUAAUAACCAUUUUAAUUGUGGUCAAUUUAUGGAGUAUUCAAACUUGUUCCACUCACAACCCAGCCAAGUUGAAAUAUUGGUUUUGUGAUAGUUUCUGCUCACUUUAUCAACAAGGAAAUUGUUGGUGCAGUGGACUGAUUAUUAUAAUCAAAAAGAAGCGCUAAGCCACAAGGACUAUACAGCACAGUGGACUGAGAAACUGGAAAAACUGUUUUGGGCUGGCUGGGACAUGCAGAUGUAUUCAAAACCUUCAUAAGCUGACAGUGAAAAGUUUGACUAGCAGAUAUUUAAAAUUGGUUGUCAGUGUCCUUGACAGUAUUAUGGGGUAAGACCUUUAGACUGGACUUUCAGGGUAAAUGUAAACUUGUAUGUUAUUUAAUUCCAAUGAUUUUGCCAAGUUUCAUUUUCAUGGUAGGAGAAAAUAGUACAGCAACUAUUUAUCCUGUGAAAUACAUUUUUAAUUUAAGGUACAAAUAUUAGUAUCUAUUUUAAUAAGGCUUCCAGUUUAAAGUUUCUUUAAUUAAAUUUUUCACAAUUUCAAGUCUGGGUAAUGAUCUUUCUUUUAUGUCUUAAUGCAAUACAGUAGAUUCAGAUUUCAGACAAAUUUUAAGCUGAUUUGGGCAGUGUAAUACAUAUAUAGUAGUUUUAACAUCCAGUACUUGCUCAUUUUACAGUACCACAAUUACAUUCCUAAGACAUACCAUAUAUCUUAAGAAUUCUAUUUCUGUAAUAAGUCAUGUAGAUGAUAACCUGUACUGUGUUCAGCUAGUUGACAUUAUUUUGUGUUCAGUAAUUUAAAUAUCAGACAUAUAUACUGAUCUCUUUAUUCAAAAAAAUUUUAUCUACAGAUUCGUAAUAUGUGAAAAACCAGGAUUACACAUUUUACUUAGAAAAAUUAGACAAUCGUAAUACAUUUAAUACUAUGUGCUUAAAAUGGUAUGUCAUACAAGUUUUCUUAAAUAUGCCAGUGCUUCCUUGGGUAGUUUAAUAAGCUAGUGUUUUGAUUAUAUUUUUGUGGUUGGUCAUCUUGUGCUAUAAUUUCAUUUAGUUUGUCUUGGUAACUUACAAGAACAAAAAAUCCAGUACUUGCCCUUGUCUUAAGUUGGAUAUUGAUGAAAUUUCAGAGCAAGCAAGAUUGGAUAAAAUUUUUAUGCUUGUUUAUGUAGAACUUGUUUAUGAAUCAUUUUUAUUGUAUGGUACACUGUUUUAAGUAUUUGUUAUUAGUUGAAAUAAAUUUAUUUAGGUAUUUAAAUGCAAAGUACUAACUGUUUGAUGAAACAUUGCAAAUAUGCCUCUAGUCAUUAUCCACUUUGUGUAGGAAGCAUGUGAACAAUUUAAGUAACAGUUAAGUGUUUUAUAUUUUGAUCUUGUAUUUACCAAUUGUUUUUAAUAAAAGAGUAAGUUUAA